AUGGCCAAGUCCAAGAACGCGUCCCAGCACCACCGCAGCCAGAAGGCUCACCGUAACGGUAUCAAGAAGCCCAAGACCAACCGUUACCCUUCCCUCAAGGGUGUUGACCCCAAGUUCCGCCGCAACCACCGUCACGCUCUCCACGGCACCAUGAAGGCCCUCAAGGAGCGCAAGGAGGGCAAGCGCGAGGUCGCAUAA